GUUCACUGAAGCAUAUAAGUUUGGUACAAAAGAAGCAAUACAAUAUGAAAAGAUAGUAUCUGAAGUAAAUUUUAAAAGGACUUCAAAAUUCAUACGUAAAGAAUGGUAUAUUGUUCAUAAAGUGCAGAAUGUAGAGGACUUAAUCAAUGAAUUAAUAAUAGAAAGAACCCUGGUGAGUGAUAUAAUGUAUGAUAUUGAACGUGGAAUAACUAUAUCGGACGAAUAA